AUGACUUUUCGUAUGGAAGGAGCUUCCUCUCAAUUGUCUUUAGCCUCUACGAAUGGUACUGCUGAUCUGUCCGAUUCAACCAACCAUCUUGUGCCACAGAAUCCUUAUCAUCAUCAACAUGAAACGAGUACAAUUUUUGAAGCAUCUAGAUCAUCCUCAAUUGAGGAUAUUGCGUCCAUUACGAAACAUACCACCACCGAGGCAUUGGAUCCAAUUGGAGUCUAUGCCACAAACCAUCCAGCUCAAUUUUUCGAUCAACAGUGUUUUUUGGAAUGGAAAGACCUUAAAUUUCCAAGCCAAUCUGAGAAUCCAAUUUUGAAAAACGUUUCUGGAUUUGCCGUACCUGGAAAGAUCACAGCUAUCUGUGGACCAGUGGGUAGUGGAAAGUCCACACUCUUACGAAUUUUAUCCAAUCGGGGAGCAUACAAAGAUUACAGCGGCGACAUUUUUAUUAAUAGUCAAUUAGCCAUGAAUCGAGAGUUACAAACCGAUCGAGACAUUUCCAACAAGUACAAAUCUCUCGUUUCAUUUGUUUCCAAAGAUUACGCUCCUUCCAACAUGUCACUGACUGUGAAGGAAAUUUUACGCUUUGCUGUUCGAUUUAAAUUACCAGUUCGUUCAAAAAAUCCACUUUGGACCACACGUGACGAAAGGCUCUCAAUUUUACUCAAUGCUUAUGGUUUGAAAAAUAAGGAAAAUUCAACAUUUAAUACCCUUUCAUCUGGCGAAAAGCGUCGUCUCUGUAUUGCAGCUCAAAAUGUUCUCUUUCACCGAGUAGUUUUGUUGGAAUAUCCAACAGAUGGAAUUGAAUUUGGAGAAUCGUUUCAUUUAUUGCGACAAAUGAAAACACUUGCAGAAAUGGGAGUAUGUGUGGUAAUUUGCCUUCAUCGACCUUCCAUUCUCGAAUUGGAAUUAAUCGACUAUGUUUCGAUUUUAAAUAAGGGAAGCACCAUUUAUUUUGGAAAGCCCAAGAUGAUACAGGAAUAUUUUGAGCUCAUUGGAGUUCAAUUACCUCUGAAUCGACAAAAUGUGGUGGCAUCUGUUUUUGAAUUAAUCAUUCUCCAUGAAAUGUCGAAAUCACGGAAUGAAAGGGAACAACAAAUGGCCUUGCACUAUUUAGACUUGGAUAAAGAGAGCAUCGAGAGGAGAGACCAUUUAGAAGCUGAAUUUGAAAAGCGUAAACGAACCUUUUAUAUUCCACAAAAGGAGCACGAAGAGGCUCCCUUUCGUCACAAUAAGAUUGAAGAUAUUCAAACUGAAAAGUAUUAUUCCAACUAUUUUGCAUCGGUGUGGAUUUUAUUAGAGCGUAUCUAUUUAGUCAAGCUCAGAAAUUGGAAAACAGAAUUCAUUACGCCAUUUUUUGAAAAAUUCAUUGUUGCAGUAUUUAUUGGAUUGUUGUAUUUUCAAAUUUCGCCUACGAACAUGUCUCUCAGAGGUAAAAUUUUCUCCUUUCUCAAUUUGAACAUUUCGAUCACAUUUGGAUUGAGCAUCAAGACGCUCAUUUCACAAAUUCCAUUAAUGACGCAAGAAAGAAAUUCGACAAGUUAUCGGAUUGGUGCCUUCUUCCUCGCAAAAUCUAUAGAAGAUAUUGUAGAUUUUACCAUUUAUCCAUUUAUAUUCGGAAUUAUUAUUUAUUUAUUGGUUGGAUUCAGUUACGAAGCAGAGCGAGUAUUUGCCUUUAUCCUAAUUUUUGCAAUUUACAAUUUAACUUGUAUGAGUUUUGCGCAAACUCUUGUGGCGAUCAUUCCAGUACCUAGUAUUUUGAAUUUCAUUGCACCUGUCAUUAAUUUAAUCUUUUUACUGGUGAGUGGUGCGUAUGGUCUCACGAACACUCAAUUUUUGGGAUGGAUCGGUUAUGCCUCAUACUUGUCGUAUGCAUUUAAGGCAUUGGCAAUUAAUGAAUUUCAUGGAGUUUUAUUGCAAAUUGGAAACUCCACGACUGUUGACAACAAUUCAACUGUAGCUAGCACUGAGCAACCUUCGUUACCAGCAGGACACUAUACAAAUGGCACUUUAUUUUUGGAGAGAGCCUACGGGUUGACCGAUCCACAUUACAUGAUGUGGGUGUAUUUGGGUGUGUUAAUUGUGUAUUUUGGAGUUUGCAAAGUCAUUGCAUAUUUUGGAUUGAGGUACAUUUACAAGGGAAUGAGUGUGAAAAAGGUGUUGUUGAAAAUCGUACAUGAUUGGUGUGGCUGUUGUUUUGCAAAAAGAAAAAUAAAUUAG